AUGGGGCCCAGGAAGCCCUUGACUCCAAACCUCUGCAUCUCGGGCACUUAUGAACCCCACUCUCGAGACCCCCUGCUUCAUCAAGUGUCCUUUUACAGUGUCUAUGGAUUACUUGCAGCUGAUAGUUUCAGGAACAUUCGUCCCCAAGCUCAGACACUCUUACAGGCGUUAGUUCCCAACACUGUCUAUACUCAGGUCCUUCGCAGCAAUAGCCUGCUGGAGUCCACAGACUACUGGAUGCAGAAUCAAAGGACGCCCUGCCAGAUUGGUUUCGUGGAAGACAAGUCUGAAAACUGCGCCUCGGUCUGCUUUGUGAACCUGGACGUAAACAAGAAUGAGGGCAGCUGUGAGCACCUGCAGCAGAAACUGGUCAAUGUUUCACCAGAUCUUCCAAAACUGAUCAGCUCCAUGAAUGUCCAACAGCCAAAAGAAAAUGAAAUUGUCCUUCUGAGUGGGUUAACAUCUGGAAAACUCCAGGCUGACUUUGAAGUUUCACAGUGUCCUUGGCUGCCAGAUAUCUGCUUGGUCCAGUGCGCCAGAGGGAACAGACCGAACAGCACCAACUGCAUCAUCUUUGAAAUCAACAAAUUUUUGAUUGGUCUGGAGCUGGUGCAGGAACAGCAGCUCCACCUGGAAACGAGCAUUUUGAAAGUGGAGGAUGACACAAACUGUUCCUUAUCUUCCAUCGAGGAAGACUUUCUCACCGCCUCUGAGCACCUGGAGGAGGAGAGCGAGGUGGAGGAAGCCAGGGACGGUUAUGAAAAUAAAAAUGUCUCUGCCAGUGUUUUGAAAAGUAAGCAAAAGGAAGCUAUCCAGGAGGAAUGGAAUUACAAGGAAAAGUCACUUGACACGUUAGAAGACCAAUACAUUAACAAAUAUCUUACACCAUUGUUGAAAAUAGAAGGCUCUCCGGGAAAAGUGGCAGAUGACACAGCCCUGCAGAAUCUAGAUCCCUCAGCCACGCCAGCAGAGAAGAAUGGCAAAGCUGGGGAUUACGAGAGACCAGUCACAAGUUAUUAUUGUUCAGAAGCUUUUAAAGGUCAAGUGAACAGCUCCCAGGCUCUGCACACCGCAGGGGAUGCUGAUUUCUCUAAGAUGGCCACGCAAGACGGGCCCUAUUCCUGUGGGUUUGCUGUCGAAUGUGGAAGCGACUUAGAUCCAGGAGACCGUGACUAUAGAAUGACUUCUGUUCCUUCCAUUGUAGAUGGACAAGCCACAACUGGUGAAUAUGCUACCAAUUUAGCAGAAUCUGUGCUGCAAGAUGCAUUUAUUAGAUUAUCUCAACCGCCACUACGCCGGGAAUCUGCAGUCAGCAGUUCCACGGUAAGUGCUGUGAUGCCCAAUGGCUGUCCCACAAAGGAUAUAGUGGCCCCACGCUCCUGGAAUGAGCUUCCCAAAAUCGUCAUCAUCCAGAGUCCAGAUGGCAGCGGGGCUGCCCCAGAGUUGGGCCUCUCCUCGUGGCUGGAGACGGAAGUCUCUGCAGAACUCUCGGAUGUGCUCUCUGCAGAGAACUCUGGCAGACACCCACAGAGCACUUUAGAAGUCGCCUUGGCUUGUGCAGCCACUGUGAUCGGGACCAUUUCCAGUCCACAGGCCACAGAAAGGCUCAAGAUGGAACAAGAAUCCCUGGUAGCCCGCCACCCACUGGGAGGCAAUGAGCCACUGCAAAUGCAAGUGUUGCAAGGACUCCAGGAACCUUCCACCAGCGAAUACUCCUUUCCAUCUGCCUUGUGUGGCAUGACUCAAGUGGCAAGUGCAGUGGCUGUCUGUGGCCUGGGUGUCACGGGAGACGCGAAGUGCCCUGCGGCUUCCAGCGACCUGUCACCUGCAGCCCAGACUUCUGCAGCCUCCUCUGCAGGCCGCAGUUGCAGCACUGUGAGGAAUGUGGAGCUGGGAAGGGAAGCGAUGGCAGAGGCAUUGCUCAGGGAGACUGCUCUGGUGUUGACCAAGCCUAAUGCCUACAGCAGCAUGGGAGACCUCGUGGAGUCCAUGACCCGGAGAAUUAUAGAAACAGCUUCCAAGCCUCAGCCCUUGUGCUCAGAAAAUGUCCUUGGGAAUGAACUGGCACAGACCAUGUCCAGUAUUAUCCUAAAGCAUUCCAUUGAUGAAGUUCACCAGAAAAAUAAAAUAAUGGGCCCCGUGGAUGGCAGGCAUUCAUCAGAAACAUUAGACCUCUUAAUGGAAACGACGCACCAGCUGCUCCUCAAUGUGAUAUGCUCCACCUUCAAGAAGAUGCGCCAUAUCCUCCAGCUUGGCGAAUGUGCCACUGCCCUUUCGAAAGAGUCCAUCGGAUGGAGGGGAGCAGAAGGAGAUGACCAGCCACCUGACCCCGCGGCCUGGCACGAGUGCAUGAAGGCCCCUGAAGACGCCCGCGGCCAUCCGCUCAGCACUUCCCGACGCCCCAGCCUUGCUGUCAGUGACCCUGAACAUGACCAGCAUCCAAAGCCAGAUGCCAAAGGUGCAGGGAGGCCAGGUCUCCGCAGGAGCCCCAAGCUGCCGGCAGAGCUGUCGCGGGGUCCCAGCGGGCCUGAUUCGCCAGUCGCUGAAACAUUCCCCACAGAAACAGAUCUGAAAGGAAUAGUGAGAGAGGACGCCAGAACCCCUCACCGCAGACACAGCCACCACGGGGGUGACUGCAGAGGCUCUCCAGAGGGAGAAAAAACACCCACACUCAGCAAGUGCCGCGGCGGUUCUCAGGGUGCGGAGGGCAGCGUCCGGCCCAACACCCCGGACAAGCACCUUUGCGCCUCACCUGUAAAAGAAGUCCCGGGAAGCUUGUCUUUGUUCGGGAAGGACUCGAUGCCGGCCAAACCCGCAGACCUCUACUGCAUUACAGACUUUGCAGAAGAGUUAGCCGAGACCAUUGUCUCCAUGGCAACGGAAAUCGCUGCGAUUUGCCUUGACAACUCCAAUGGAAAACAACCCUGGUUUUGUGCUUGGAGAAGAGGGAGUGAGUUUCUGAUGACCCCGAAUGUCUCCUGCCGGUCCUUGAAGAGGAAGAAGGAAAGCCAGACAGGAGGGGCGCUGAGGAAGCACAAGCCCCCACGACUGAGCGAGAUCAAACGAAAAACCGACGAGCACCCAGAGCUGAAAGAGAAGCUGAUGAACAGAGUGGUGGAUGAGUCCGUGAACCUCGAAGAUGUCCCCGACUCUGUCAACGCUUUCGCCAACGAAGUGGCUGCCAAGAUCAUGAACCUGACCGACUUCUCCAUGGUGGAUGGCGUCUGGCAGGCCCAGGGCUGCUCCCGCAGUCGCCUGCUGAGCGGGGACCGGUGGAAUAGGCUGAAGGCCUCCAGCUGCGAGAGCAUCCCGGAGGAGGACUGCCAGACCAGGGCCUUCGUCAACAGCCUGGGGUUGGCGAGCGCCCGGAGCCAGCCGGUGAGCAGGGCCAGCUCGGUCUCCAAGCAGUCGAGCUGCGAGAGCAUCACGGAUGAGUUUUCCAGGUUCAUGGUGAACCAGAUGGAGAGCGAAGGGCGGGGAUUUGAGUUGCUGCUGGAUUACUAUGCAGGCAAGAACGCCAGCAGCAUCCUGAGUUCGGCGAUGCAACAGGCCUGUCGGAAAAGCGAGCAUCUGAGCGUGAGGUCCAGCUGCCCCUCGAAGCAGUCCAGCACAGACAGCAUCACCGAGGAGUUCUACAGGUACAUGCUACGGGACCUGGAAAGGGAGCGCCGGGACGCCCCCGCCUCCCGACGGGGCAGCCAGGACUGGACGGCUGGCUUCCUCUCGCCCUCUCUGCGCUCCCCGCUGUGCCACAGACAGUCCUCCGUGCCAGACAGCCGGCCCCCGGGCGCCAGGCUGACCGUGAAUGCGCCCAUCAAAGCCAGCUCCUUAGAUGGCUUUGCGCAAAACAGCCAGCAGGAUUUCCUAAGCGUGCAGCUGGCCAGUAGUGUGUCCUCGUCCGGGCUCUGCAAAUCGGACUCGUGCUUGUACCGGAGAAGUGGCACUGACCAGAUCACCAGCCGGUUGAUCCAUGAGACCUGGGCAAACUCCAUCGAGGCCCUCAUGCGGAAGAACAAAAUCAUCGUGGAUGAAGCGGGAGCUGCGGAGCGCAGCUCUGCUUUGCAGGUGGCCAAGCCCUCAGGGCCGCGCGUGCCCAGUAGAGCGCCGAGCGGGUUGGGGCACCGCAGGCCGGAUUCUGUGCAUUCCGUGAGGAGGGACUCGGUGGGGGAAAGCAGCCAACCCCCGGCGUCGGCCGCGAGCACGCCUGCUCCUCUUGCCACUCACAACAGUUUAGAUUCUAAAAAGGACAUUUCCUCGUGCCGUGAGGUAAGCCGCGCCAGGAGACCACUUUGUCCAAGAGACGUGCCUUUAAUUCAGAUUGAAGCAGAUCAGAGAGAAGACUGUGCUGGAGAACCUGCAGGCUUCCUUUCCCAAAGCAGCGCCCUGGAGACAGCAGACGAGCCUUUGAAAGAAGAACAAGAGGCAGAAGUGGCAAGAGGUGGAGACGAGGCCAUGAGUGCAUGCCGGAAACACAGUGACAGCCUUUGUGCCAGAGACGCACCAGAGACUGAAGUCUCCACAGAAGGCGGAGACCCCGAUGAGCCCCCCAACCCCCCAGGCAGCAGUGAAGAGAGCACAGACAGCUGGUCCCAGCUUGCCAAUGAGGAGGACAACCCAGACGACACAAGCAGCUUCCUGCAGCUCAGUGACAGAUCCAUGAGUGAAUUAGUAGAAGAGAAGGAGAUUCUUAAAGGACAGUCAGAAAACGUAGAGGAACCGGCCCCUGGACUCCCGGUGGGAGCAUCCAGCCGCCAGGGCAGCCUGCUGGUGAUCAACUUUGACCUGGAGCCAGAGUGUCCUGACGCUGAGCUGAGAGCCACUCUGCAGUGGAUAGCCGCCUCCGAGCUGGGCAUUCCCACCAUCUACUUUAAGAAAUCCCAGGAGAGCAGAAUCGAAAAGUUUCUAGAUGUUGUGCGUCUGGUUCAUCAGAAGUCCUGGAAAGUGGGGGACAUCUUCCACGCAGUUGUCCAGUACUGCAAAAUGCAUGAGGAGCGAAAGGAAGGCACCCCAAGUCUCUUUGACUGGUUGUUGGAGCUGGGGUAAGAAGGCAGCACUGUCCUGCAGAGUGCUCUUUUUCUUUAGUCCAGCUUAGAUUAUAGUGGUUUGUUCUGAAUUUUCUCAAACCAUUACAUCACAUUAGCAGAACUAUUAAAAAAAAUCUGCUUUUCAAGACUUUUUGCACAAAAAAAAUGUGAAGAAAAUAUAGGUCUGUACAGAUCAAUACAACCUGUGGCUGAUUUCAAAAUAGCUUGUAUUAAAAGUCUGGAAAACAGGUCUUAAUGAAACCUUAAUGGGACUCAAAUUAAAAGCUUAUCGCUAGAUUCAAACACCAAGAAAACUGCACUUACAUAUUUUUGACAAUAUAAAAUGACAUGUCAUGUCUCCAAUUACUAAUUCAAAAUCACUGGAAACAAAGUCACUGUUCAAGAUAUUUUUGGGACCUUUACUUUACAUUUCUGAGAAACUUAAGGGGGCAUUAGCCCAAAUAAAGUCUUAAGGUAUAGCUGACAAAUUUUCAGAAUUUUGAUAUGAAAGUUUGCACUUUCAAACCAAUAUCAGUGGAUAUUAACAGAAAUCCAUGCUCUCUAUCGACGUGAUUUUCCUUACUCACUGCAGCUCACUGAUAAGUACUCUAUCUCCCCAGAACAGCCCAUGAAACUGUUGCCUUUCAGUGAGAAGAGAGGAAGAUCAAUCAAAGAUAUCAUGUAUGUCUCUUCAUUAGUUGGAUGUCAUGAUUAUAGAAUUGAUUAUAGAAUUCCUACCCUAAGGGAAAGCUUGCUUUUUUAUUAAAAAAAAAAAAAAGUCUUUUGAGAAAAAAAACUUGCUUGUGUAUUCAACUAUAUAAGGCAUAAGCUUUCAUUUUAUUUUUAUUGUAAAUGAUAAGAGAUUGUUGUCCUAAAUAAUAAUUGACCAAAGGGUUCACAUGAGGGGAUUCUUGUCUGACAUCAGACAUUGACAUGAGCUCAGUGCCCCUGUUUCAGUAGUGUGUAGUACCCACAGGGCAGACCUGUUCUUCAGAGGAUGGAUGCAGGUUGUGAUAUGACCAGCCGGGAUCAUAGACGCCUGAUGCAAAGCUACAGGCAUUUCAUUUGGGAAAAAAGAAAACUUUAUUGUAUUUUAAUAACAGAGAUUUACUCUUUUAAAAGAUAUAGGUAUCUCCCUGAGGAGGCUUCUGUCUCAAAUAAUUAGCUCCACUGGCUUUUAUUUUCUUGAUUAAAGAGGGUGUUUAUUAAAGAUUCCUGAGAUACUGUUUGCACACUAGUUUUUAAAGGUGAUGAAAUCAUUGUAGAUAUGAGCAAGGCCCCCUUCCUCGAUGCAGAGCUCGUAAGUCAUCCACAUUCUGAAAUAUCAAGAAAGCUCCCCACACACACUCUCCACUUUGGGGGGUCAUUCCCAGGGUUCAUGAGGCAUUUAUCACAAAUAACCCAAAUUUAAGUUUAAGUGACACAUUAACCAGACAUCAUAUUCUAAACUGCAUCCAACAUCUCAAACUGGAAGUUCUUGUGUGGUUAACUGGAAAUGAUAUAUUUAUUUUUUAAACAACUCCAGAAUAUUGUGUGUAGACUUUUGUUGUGAUCAAAUGAAUGUUUACUUAUCCUGCAAAGCACAAAUACUGGAUUGUAACCAUGUGAUGAAGUUAAUAUAUGUUGUGCCCAAU